AGUUGACUUAGUCGCGGUCUUGGCGCAGGUUGUUUUCUUCUGACCUCCUCCACUGUGAAGCGAUUCGAUUCCGGAUACUCGAAGCCAUCGGUGACUACUCCUGUGGACUCUGGAGUUUUUCGGCAAUUUCAGUUAGAAUCUCUAGCAAAAAAUCUAUGGGAAAUUGAACCCGAUUUGAAAUUGAAAAUCGUGAUUAGAUUGUUGGUUCUUUAAACCGAAAGUGGAUUUAAUCGUGUGCCAUUGUUGAUCUUUUUUGUUAUUAUUGUGUUGAGACAAGACCCCAGGAAAAAAAACCCAAACAACAUAGGGGGAGGCUUGACGAAAAAUCACGACGACGAAGACACCGAGUGGUUGGCGAAAAUCAUCUGGAAAGGCAAAACAAAAAGUUCCAAUUACUCUGGGGCAGUAGUAGUCGUGAAUCCAUGUUUGGGGAUAAGUACGUUGAGUAAUAAUUAAAAACUUAAUAAGCUGAUUAAAGAAUUGUGAACCUUGAUUUAUUUCCUUGGAUUUGAUUCAAUGCAACACAUCACGAUUCGUCUUUAGCAAGCCACGCGAAACUUGUUUGUUGCGCAACACAAGUCCGCAACACUCGCAUGUUGCAGAUUUGAGCAGCAGAAGAUUGACUGAGGAAAUUAAACGCCUGAAAGACGCAACCAGCGGAACCACAGCUACUUCGUCUCAUCUAAGUAAAGCAAACCUCUUGUCUCGCCGAUAGUGUGCUCCAGUUUGAAUUGGAAAUUUGGUCAUCGAACAAUGUGCUAAUAGUGAUUUGCAUUUUAAGUGGAAUUAUUUUACAUUGGUUUUUAAAAAAUCGAAUUCGUAGAGAAAUUUGUUGUGGAAAUUAUUUGCUGAGAAGAUUCUUCUACUGAAUAUUGCCUGCAAAAUGGAGCUCCGUUGGGAGAUAUUGUUCGGCGUAUUUGUAAACGUCCUUCUCGCACAAGCCGCUGUCUACACCCCUGGCAAUGCUCCGGUCUACAAUCCGAACGAGGGCGUCCAGGCCGUCGUCCCAACACAGGUCAACAACCCCGGCUAUUUGGUAACCCAAACCGUCUACGGCUUCCUGGAUUUCACCACCACCAUCGGCAACACGGUAAUGAUUUUCUCACCGCAGAGUGCAUCCGCAGCCGUAACUGAGCCCCCGAAAACGACACAGGCCCCGCCCCCGGUGAUCGAAACUUCCCCGCUGCCAGUUACGACGACCCCGAAUGUUCCGCCACAGGCAGCCGCCCUUGUCCUGCCGGAAGAAAUCAAACCGAGCAAGACGGUGAUCUUGCCGAGUCAACCGCAGGAAAAGGUCAGCAUCGUUCAGGUCAUUGCCGAAACGGCGAAACCCUACGUGGUAAAGCCUCAGGCUGCGGUGAAGUUCGUGCAGAAAUCCGUUAAGCCGAUUAAACCGAUUGGAAAGCCAAAGGUUUCUAUCGUUGAGGUUUCUCCGGUAAAGAUUGUGGAGGUCGAAGAGAAGAGGGUGGAACUUUUGGCCGACAAGAAGGUUCAGGUCGUGAAACCGGCUCAUCCACCGAUUAUCAAGGUUGUGGCGUCACGAGUCGUUGAAGUUACCACUGAGAAGGAGAUUGUUACACCGGAACCUCAACCGGAACAAGAAGAUGAAGAAGAGGAAGAGGUUGAGGAAGAAGUUGAGGAAGAACCUGAACACGAGGAAGAAGAAGAGGAAGAGGUAGAAGAAACCGAAGCUCAGGAACAAGAAGUUGAGGAAGAGAAGGUAGAAGAGAUCAAAGAAGAGGAAUCUGCCAAGGAACCAGAACAAGCUGAAGAGGAGAAAAUCGAAGAAAAGAAACCACUAACUGUGGAAGUUUCCAAGGUUAAGAAAGUGAACGAGCCAACGAUCGAAGCUGUUCAGAAAGAACACUCUCCAAUUGACUUCUCGACAAUAACCGAAGAAAGUGAGUCGGAACAAACCGAAGGACAGGACGAAACCCAAGAAGAACACCACGAGGAAGAGGAACCGGCACCAGUGCUGCAGAUCGGAAACAACAUCGCUCCAGAGCCGGAAUACGACUUCCUCUCUCGGCAGCCAUCGGAAUACGUCGAGGAAACGUUCCGCGUAGUCAACCUGAAGCCAUCUGCUUCGGUAGCUCCAGCUGCUGCUGCUGCUGCCCCAAGUCCAAAGCAGGGCAAGGCAAAGCGCGGACAAGGUAAUAAAAUCCGCCCGACCGGGUUGGUCACCAAGCUCGGUGGAACCGUAAUCCGAGAUGGAGCCACAACGGUCCACGAAACGAGCGUCAUCGGCACCUACAUUUCAGGAAAGUAUGCCCAGGUCCUACAAAGCACUUCUCAUGUAUUUCAAGGUAAUUCUGCUGCUGCUGCUGCUGCCCCGGCAGGAAAUCAACAGAAGGCUCCGGGUCCUAAAGUGACCGCAACUCCAACGCUCCGAAUCCUUAAGACCGCUGCCCCCAAUCUACCCGGAAAGGGUCCCCGUUACAAUCCGGAAGCGGCCUCGAUCAUCACGCCAUCCCCUUCAUCUCAGCAAGCGUUGGAGGACACCGGUCUACCACUGGAAAAUCUUUUCGCUAACCAACCCAGCUCGAAUCUUGUAAGGCCAUCGCGCCGUCUCAGUGGACCCGGAGCCGCCAACGUUGCCGCCGGAAGUUUCAAGAACCGUCUGAAGAGCCGCAUCGGCGGCAAGGACGAUAGUAACGAUUUGCUGCAGGAACGGUCCGACAAUCUGGGCCUGGAUGAACCCGUGGGACCUCCUGCCCAGCAGCAGCAGCAACAACAACAACAACAGCAGCAAGCUAGCUUUGGUAAUGGCAAAAAAACUAACCGCUACCGUAACACGCAAACUGUUAAGCCUGCUGCCGCCGGCAAGAAUACACAAGAAAACGACGAUUUGAGUGCCACCCGCUAUAACCGAUUUUCUGCAUCUAGUGUGGAACUGGCGACGGUGUCCGUUUUUAGUGAACCUUCCAUCACCACCCCCGCCUACAGGCGUAACAAAGCCUCUCGUAACAGUUUCAAGCCUAGCUCUUCCUCCAGUAGUUCUUCAGGAUCAGCAGCAUCAAGCAAUCAGCAGCAGCAACAGCGCAAGCAGGCAUCCUACAGCUCCAGCGCCAACUCCCGGGACGAUUCGGAUGACGCCAACCGACGAUCCUACAAGCCGAACCUUCGUCCGACUCCUCCGGAAGCCGAACACUCCAGCAGCAGCACCAGCCUGUACAAGUUCAAGCUGAACCGAUCCCCAGGUCGUUGGCAGUACAAGAGCCCCCCCAAACCGCAGGUCAAUAUCCGAAAGCAGAAACCGGCCAAGGAUGCGGUAGAGAACCUAACGACGGCACCGAACUCGGACACCUCGGUCCAAUACAACGACAUCUCGCUCAAUCCGGAACACUCCGAAAAGGUCGAUACCGAUGCCGAUUUGGACCAGUCUGGAUCGGUCAACGGAAAUGUGCUGAACGACGCCGAACAGGAUAACCAGAUCGAGAGACGUUACCCGAUCGAGACCAUUAAGGUGGAGAUUUCGACCCCGGCCGACUUCAAGGACACGUACUACGAGAUUGCUACCAUCAAGUCGCCCUACACCUUCCAGGUUGGCACCGUCAAGAACACCCGCUACAUCACGGUAACAUCGACGUUCGAAAAGACUCUGGAACAGGAAACGGCCACCAUUACUCCAUCCCUUACGGAACCACUUACCGAGAACAUCUUGGCCACGACCAGCCACAUCGACAAGGAGAGCAAUUUGCUGGACUCAUCGAUUGCCACAUUGCCGCCAAUUGCCCUGUCCGGGGACACCGAAACUCCACCAUUGGAAACGCUGACGGAGACUUUCAGCACUACCCAGGAGAUGUUGAAGACUCACAUUUUGCCGGUUAUUCGGGAUGGUACGGAUACUACGAGUUAUACGCUGAUUCAGACUUAUCACGUUACGAGGUUGGUGACGGCUACGAAGACUUUGCCACCGAUGGAGAUCUAUCAGUUUGUACCGUCGAAGACCUUGAACGAGUUUAACAGUCGGUUGGAUGAAGCUGGGUCUGAGUUGCAUUUGGAGUUGGAGUUUGGAGAUGAGAAUGAAGAUGAUGAAGACAAGCCGAAACGGGAGAGGUUGCCUUCGGAUUUGGACAUCUCGAGCAUUGGAUCUGAGUUUGAUCCGUUGGAGGUGGAUAAGACUAAGAUUCCGGAGAUUGUGAAACCGAAGAAGAAGGUUGUUAACAAGGAGUUGGCUAAGGUGACUACUGAAGCUCCGGUGACUACGCCGAAUUUGACUCCGGAUCAGCUGCAGCAAUUGGCUUUGUUGAGACUGUUGAAUCCAGCGGCAGCUGCCCAGAUUCCUUCGGUUAUUACUUCGUCUAAGCCUGUGGUCAAGUUGGAAACUGUUUAUGAGUCGCAUGUGCUGCCAAUUAUCAACGGGGAUAGGACUAUCUUCAGCACUUUGUCGCGGGCCAUCGGAACGUUGACGAAGACCAGCUUCGAAGUUGUGACGACUACCCUGCCGACCCUGCCGAUUCCUCCAAUCAUCCCAACGAUUAAUCCCUUCCAGCAGCAACAGGUUACUCUGCAAUCUACACCGGUUGUUACCCAGACCAUCGUCACGGAAACCAACAGCAAAGUUCUGAAACUAACCUUCGGUGCUAAGACGGCCUACACAACUCUGUACUCGACCACUGUUGUGCCCACACAGCUGACAACUUACGUGACCCAAUCGGUGCCGGUUCAAGCGACGGCCGCCGCCUUCCCCGGAUACUUCCCGGCGCCUUAUGCACCGUUUCCGUAUGUAGGCUAAUCUCCACCUUCUUCAAGAAGCCGCCAUCGAGCGCUAAUGAUAGGUUAGAAUAAUGAAUUUCUGCCGCCGCCUCCGGGAAGACAAACUGUCUCGAACCUCCUCAACUUUCAUCCCUCCUUCCUCAACUUCAUUUCCCGAGGAGGCGCCGGCAAACAUUUGACCCGUUUUUCCAUUGCUUGGCUGCCUUUUGUCGACAAAUUAUUCAUGGAUUUUCCACCAUCGACCAACCGACGUCGUAGGACAAAAUAUUUUAAUUAUUCUUCCUUCCUUCGCAAUGCGAUGCGAUUCCGAAGCCGGUUGUUAGAGAGCUACCCACACUCACACGAGUGGACUUUCCUAGCCUAGCCUUGCCUUAUCUGGGUUCCGCUUCGAAGGCGUCGCUGGAAAGCGAUAUUUUCCGUAAGGUGGAUCGAUUUCGGCAACGCAGAAGAUUUUUUAUUAAAUUUUCCGUUGAUAUCAGACUUCGUAACAGUUUUUCUUAUGGAUAUAAAUCUUCAAAUUUCGAAUUUAGGACCGCUUAAAAAUUUAAAAUAAUGACUCACCCUUAAAACCGCAAGUCUCCAACGGAACUCGACCAGAUACCAAUCAGUAGGACUAGAAACAAAGAACCCUCCUGCCUUAGAGAGUGGGGUAGCAAAUUACUGGCGUCGGGUUUGCCUUUCGGAAAUUGCAGCACUUCUCAAAUCAAGAGGGAGGUCUCUUCCUGCGUCAGAAAACCACAAUCACCCUAGAAAAAAAAAGAACGAUUUUCCCACGUGAAGUAAUGAACACCCCUCUUGCUUUUUUUUUGCUUCUGCUUUGAGGGUGCAACUUUUUAACCGUGUGAUUAUCACAAGCAACUUCUUUGCGUGCAUCGAUGGCCCAGAUUGCGGCUAAACUGUGUGCGAUAGAAUGCGCGUAAAAAGUAUAAUUUCGCAGGGUUCCCACCUCUUUGGGGUUCCCUCGCAAAUUAGUGGUGUCUGAUAAGCUGCAGUGUAGUCCGGAGGUUUAUGAACUUCUGAAGUUAUGAGGGACUAUGGAAGCAAUUUUUCCUUAAUUUUACUCCUAAAGAAAAGCUCAAAUAAAAAAUUUAAAGCGUCCAGAACUCAUAUUGUGAAAAAAGUAUCAAAACCGUUUAAGUUGAUUAUCAAUACAAGAAUAUGAGUCAAAUCCAUCAAUUACUGGAAAAAAUCUACAAAAUAUGAAAUAUUAUCAUGCUUUGCACGAAUAGCAAAAAUCAUUCAUUGGUUUCUAUAAUUUUUGAAAAUAAUAAUAAGUAAGUUUUUAAUCAUUUUGUAAAUAGACAAAUUUUCAUAUAUUUUUACAGUAUCGUUUCGUGAUUUGAAUGUUCUAAAUCGAUCAAAAAGUAAAUCUUGAUCGAUCCUCGCGUUACAUUUUUAUUUCAUUUUCUAAAGUCCUAUAAAAGUUAUUCGUUUUCUCAGUUUUUUAUAAAAAUAUUUUUUUAGAUACUUUUCCAUCCUAUUGGUAUUCCUUCAAUAAUUUCCGUUCAAUAACUUUCUUGAGCCAUCGAAAAAAGGAAAGGCUUCAUCGAAUUUAUUUACCCCCCACCCAUAUGGAAUCGCAAUACUCAUUUAAGUUAACGUAGCUCAACUUCAAAACAUUCUGCACUACGGAAAUCACUGCUCAACACGUUGAGAUUCAUUUUUAUAGUAAGGUUUACAACAUUCACAUUAAAAUAUACAUUUUUUUAACAAAUCAGAAAAAACGAAAAACAUAACAUAAUAUCAUUCCGAGCAAUAGAUGUAAGUCGAGCUUUUAUACGAAAUCAAACAGAAAAUCAAGAAAAAAGCAAAAAACUGCCGAUGUAAAUAUUACCUGCCGUAUCUUUAAGGUCAAAUCAUUUGAAUUUGUUAGGGAUGAGUGAUAUUUGAAUGAUAAAAGAUGAGUGAAUUGAAUGUGAACAUAUUCUUUAGUUAAACAUAAAAAAAUAUAUAAACAAAAAUCGAUAUAUAUGGAAGUAGAUUACUAGAAACAGGUUAUUGUGCUAAAUAAUCGUCCGACGCGUUCGACAUGUUUUAAU